GAGGCAGCCAGCAGACGGGGCCCAGCCAACUGUUGAGACAGCAGCAGAUCAGCAGACUCGUCUCCAGGACUUCCGGGGUCAACUCUGGCGGGGGUCAAGGGGCAAAUAACCGCAGAAGUCAGCCACAGUUGUCCCGGGUAGCCUCACAGCCCAGGAUCAUACGCAUCUCUAGGGCACAAAUACGAGAACUGCAGAGGGAACAGUUACUACGUCAAAAACGGUUACAGCAGCAGCUAAAACAACAGCAGCUACGCCAAAAGCUACAGCAACAGCAACAGCAACAACAGCAACAACAGCAGCAACAGCAAAGACAGAAGAUGGCUCGAAGCCAGAGGUUGCCUUCAAACAAUUUGAAAUUGGCUGUACGUGACAGCUCGGGCAGAAUCCGUCCUCUGACGGCCGCCCAGAGAGAGUCCCUCAUCAAGUCGGGCACCGUGCCCGGAACCCUGCCCACCCAAGCCCGACAGCUGCCGCAGCCGACUCUCGUUCAACAAUCACAGUUUCCCGGAGGGAACCCUAGAGGGCCACAGCUAGGGAGCCAGUCCGUGAGGCCUUUCGUGAACAGCAAUCAGCAACAGCAGUUCCAACAGCAACAGCAGUUUCAGCAGCAGCAACAGCAACAGCCACAGCCUUCUUUCCCACCCCCACAGUCGUCACAACAGCAAAUACAACAGCAGAUCCAGAUACAGCAACAGUUGCAGCAGCAGCAGCAACGUUAG